AUGGAAAAGCCAUGUGUGCCUCCUUCCAAGCCAUCAACACCCAGUUUCAGCUCAAAUUCCGUGCCAACCCCACAAAAUGCUAUGCACAUAGAUGUAAAAAGAAAAGAAAACGAAGAUCCAACCGAAGAUGACGGCGUAAGACAAGGGCGGCAAAUCGAAUGUACGGCAACGAGAAAAAAAGGUCGAACAACCUCUCCCAAGCGAACCAACAAAAGCAAACAGCUCACCACCUAUGCAACCAUGCAUCCAGAAUCGGCCUCGGGGCAAAUAACUCUCCGGAAAAGCGCAUCUGCUGAGCCGCAGCCGCAUCCUCCCACCCUGUCCUUCAAAUCCUGUUAA